AUGAAGAAUACCGCCAUUCUUUUCCUCGCGGGUACUGCUCUUGCAGCGCCUGCUUCCAAGUCUCUUGAGGCUCGCAAGCCCUGUCUUUGGCUUGAUGGCACAGGUGAAGGCAGUGGAAGUACGUCUGCCAGCGGCGGGAUCAGUGGUCUUGCCUCUCUCAUUCCUAGCUUCGGUUCUAGCUGGGGUGGCUCGGCUGAUGCUUCUGGCGACGCUUCUGGCGACGCUUCUGCCGAUGCCUCUGGAUCUGCAUCUGCAUCGGGCGAUGCUUCUGGAUCCGCUGAUCUAGGUGCUUCCGGCUCGGCCAGUGGAGAUGCCUCCGGUACUGGUUCUCUCGGCGCGAGCUCUUCUGGCUCUGCCGGUCUUGAUUCUUCAGGCUCCGCUGGUCUUGGUGGUUAUGGCUCUACUGGUCUCGGUGGUUAUGGUUCUGCUGGUCUCGGUGGUUCUAGCUCAGCCAGUGGAGGCGCUUCCGGUACUGGCUCGCUCGGUGCUUCUAGCUCUGGCUCUGCUGGUGCUAGUGGCUCUAGUUCGGCCGGUCUCGGUGCUUCCGGUUCAGGUGGUGUCUCUGGCGGCGCCUCUGGAUCCCUCAGCGGUGGUGCUUCCGGUACUGGUGCUGCUGGUGCUUCCGGCUCUGCUUCUACCGGUCUUGGUACUUCCGGCUCUCUUAGCGGAGGUGCUUCAGGUACUGGUUAUACUGGUGCUUCCGGCUCAGGCAGUAUUUCUGGCGGUGCCUCCGGUUCUCUUAGUGGUGGUGCUUCAAGCACCGGCUCCCUCGGUGCUUCUGGCUCUGGCUCUGCUGGUGCUGGUGGCUCCGGAUCCCUCAGUGGUGGUGCUUCGGGCACUGGUGCCGCUGGUGCAUCUGGCUCUGGAUCCGCUGGCCUUGGAACUUCCGGCUCAGGUGGUGUCUCUGGCGGUGCCUCCGGCUCUCUUAGCGGCGGUACUUCCGGUACUGGUGCCGCUGGUGCUUCCAGCUCAGGCGGUGCCUCCGGCUCUCUUAGCGGAGGCGCUUCUGGCUCUGGCUCUGCUGGUUCUGGUGGCUCUGGAUCCCUCAGCGGUGGUGCUUCCGGUUCAGGCGGUAUCUCUGGCGGUGCCUCCGGUUCUCUUAGUGGUGGUGCUUCCGGUACUGGUGCUGCUGGCGCUUCUGGCUCUGGUUCGGCCGGUCUCGGCGCCUCUGGAUCCCUUAGCGGUGGUGCUUCAAGCACUGGUGCCGCUGGUGCAUCUGGCUCUGGAUCCGCUGGCAUUGGAGCUUCUGGCUCAGGUGGGUUCUCUGGCGGUGCCUCCGGCUCUGGUGAAACCGGCGUCAGCGCCACCAACACCGGCGGUGCUUCAGGAAAAGGUAGCUCAUCAGGUUCCGGCUCAGGCUCAACUUCAGGGUCAGGUUCAGACUCGGGCUCCGCCGGUGUUUCCGGCUCGGGCUCUGCUGGCACUGGCGUUUCUGGCUCUAGCACCGGUGAUAUUAGCGGUUCCGGAUCUGGUUCGACUGGCACAAGCGUCUCUGGCAACCUAGGCUCUGGCUCUGGCACUGGUGCUGCUCCCAGCGGCUUCACUACCAGCACUAGCGUCAGCUGGUCUAUUCCUGGCGCUACUGGAACUGCUGGUGGUGAGCUUAGCGGUUCGGUUACUGGAUCUGGCGGUGCUUCCGCUGAGGGGAGUGCUGCUGCGGCGGCGGCGGCCACCGCUUCGGCUGAUGCUAGCGCUAAUGCCAAUGCUAAUGCCAAUGCUAACGCCGAUGCUUCGGGCUCUGCUGAUGCUUCGGCUAAUGCUAGUGCUAACGCUUCUGCAUCUGGAAAUGAUUCGGCCAAUGCUUCAGCCAAUGCUUCGGCCAAUGCCUCUGCUUAG